UUAUCCUAGUGACAGAUCCGUCACUCCUGCAGCGUGGUGGAUUGUAAUUUCUUACCCGAAGAAAUCGGCACCAAUUAGGAAAUGGCCAAAGUCGAAAGGUUUGCUUUUCAUGUUCCAAGUCUGGAGGAGCUUGCUGGGGUUUUGCAGAAAGGGCUUAAAGAAAACUUUGCUGAUGCUCAAGUCUCUGUUAUAGACUGUCCUGAUCUGACUCAGGAACCCUUCAACUUUCCUGCUAAAGGAAUCUGUGGGAAGCCUAGAAUAGCAGAUGUGGGAGGUGUUCCUUACCUCAUACCUGUUGUACAGAAAGAAAAAGUUUAUGAUCUAAAUACAGUUGCAAAGGACAUAGAGCUGCCUGGAGCUUUCAUUCUUGGAGCUGGGGCAGCUUCAUCUAAGAUUCUUGGAGUAAAUGCUGAG